CACAAGUUUACUCAACUUCGAAAAAGCAUCAGCUGCCGAUACACCUGAAAGAUCUUGUCACAAGACAUUGUGUGUGAAGAUGAUGUCUGCAAAAGACAUGGUUAAAGUAAUGAUUGUCAUGUUUGCAAUUUGUUUUCUUGCAAAGUCAGAUGGGAAACCUGUUAAGAAGAGAUCUGUGAGUGAAAUACAGUUUAUGCAUAACCUGGGCAAACAUCUGAGCUCCAUGGAGAGGGUGGAAUGGCUACGGAAGAAGCUCCAGGAUGUACACAACUUUGUUGCCCUUGGAGCUCCAAUAGCUCACAGAGAUGGUAGUUCCCAGAGGCCCCUAAAAAAGGAAGACAAUGUCCUAGUUGAGAGCUAUCAAAAAAGUCUUGGAGAAGCCGACAAAGCUGAUGUGGAUGUAUUAACUAAAGCUAAAUCCCAGUGACGAUACAUCAGGGCACUGCUGUAGACAGCAUAGGGCAACAACAUUACAAGCUGCUAACAUUUUCAAGCUCUUAAGAUUAAUAAAUGCCAAAAUUUACAUGUAAUCCAUUGUUAGCCAUGAUAGCUGAAAUUUUAAUUGAUUGUUUUGAUUCUAGUUUAAUUCAUUUAAGAGCUCUUUUAAUUGUUCUAUUUCUAUUGUUUAUUCUUUUUAAAGUAUGUUUUUGCAUAAUUUAUAAAAGAAUAAAAUUGCACUUUUU